AUGACCGGGCGGGCGGCGGGGCCGGGCCGGGCUCUCACCGCCUACAAAUGCGGCUCCCCCGGAGCGGGGCCGCCGCCGCCGCCCCCGCCGCCCCGCAGCCCCAGCAUGGCCGCCCCGCGCUGGCUCCUGGCGCUGCUGCUGCUGCUCUGGCUCGCCCUGGCCGCCGCGGGGCCGCUGGGCCAGGCGCCGGGCGGGAAGGAUGCGGAGGACGGCCUCAUCCGAACCCUGGUGCGGCCGCGGGGUGCGCGGCGCGGGGCCGGGCCCCGAGCGGGCGGCUGGCGGAGGUACCGGCGGCCCCGGCCCCGGCUCUCCCACAAGGGCCCCAUGCCCUUCUGAGGCAGGGUUGCCAGCGGCCGCCCAAGGAUGCGGCUCCCAUCGCCCGCUCCGUGUCCUAGCCCGCUCCGCUUGUCUGCUGGCCCCGAGCGCGGGGUCCCACCUGUGAGCCCUCGGCUGGCGUCACCUCCACCCUGCGGCUGUCCCUGGUGGCCCCAGCGCCGUGGCUGGCACCGGGGGUGCCUCCUGCCUCUCCCCUCGCUGCCUCCUGGGGCUGGCUGGCAGCGGGUGGCCCACGAAGCUCGUGGUGGAGCCGGGUGCUGCUGCGAUGGCCCUGUCCCGGUGGGCGCGGGGCUGCCCUGGGCAUCGGCUCGCCAGGACCCGUGGACUUUGCGCAAAGCACUUUGUCAGGCAGAGGAGCUUCUCCGCAGGGGUCUGCAAGCUCCCCCGGGGCUCCUGCCCCAUCCUUGCCAGUUGCCCGCCCGUAUGCUGGGGUGAGCACGUAGCUUGUCCUGGCAGGCGGUCUAUUUAUUCCCAUGGUGCUAAUCCCCGGGCGAGCUGCUCUCCCCUCCCCGCUGAGCGUGGGGUCCCCUUCCCCUGGCAGAUCCACCUCCUGGGGACCCCAAAGGCGUGGGGCACAGCGUGGGGCUCUGGGCCCCCCCUCUGCCCGCCCCAUGCCAUGGGACAGUGGGAGAAGGGGGGCACUGGGGUCUCUGUGUCAAACACUGACAUAUGCCAAAGGGGAGGCCCUUGCUCUGAGUGCCGCCGGGUCCUGUUGACCAUGUUUCUCGUGUCUGUAAAGAUUUAUUCUGUGUAAAUACAUCUUUAUAAUAAAGAGUUAU